GUCAUCCAAGAAUCCGCAACAGCAGCUCCUGCAAGGAGCAUGCCACCGUGGUUACCGGCCGCUAUGGCACCUUCGUCCACACCAUCGACAACGCCGGCGGAAGUCUACCCUUUACAAGUAUGCCGCUGGUGUCGAAUUUUGCGAAGGAGAUGUCCUGGGACCGGCUGGGUGCUGCUGUGCACGUCAUCGUUUGCGCCUCCUCCGCAGGCACAGCGAUGACCUUCGAUGCGGGAGGUUCUCAGCGACAGGAGAACUUUUGGGUCGAGGACCUCACGGAGCAGGAGGCUCAGCAGUUGCUGGAGCUGGAGGGCCACGGGCAGGACUGGAAGCGUUCGUGGCCGGAUGUUCCCCGCGGAUACAAUGCGUUGGACUUGGUGAAAGCCUGCGAGCACUACACACGGCCCGACUUCCUCGAGGAGGCGGAAGAAGGAGGCCACGGCCCACAUGGAAGUGCUGCGCUUUCUGGACCAGUGUAAUUUCCAGACUGUGUACAGCAUCGCCCCCGCCGGCGCCAACAUUCUCCAAGCCCUGUUGGCCAACCGCAAAGGCGGCGACGGCCAGGGCGUGGCUGCUCUGA